AUGGCAAAGUCGGUCUCGAUCACCCACGGCGGCGACAGUGAGUACGUUCACAACCGCAUAGAAGAGACUAACACGAGCCUAGAUAUGCUACGCUCAGUAGCAGAAUUGAACGGCCGCGCCUUUAGCACCGACCCCGUCAUCACCUAUAUGCUCCUAGACCUGCCCCAGGAAGAAAGACUAGCAUACCUACCCACAUACUGGGAAACGCUGAUCAAGUCGGCCCUGCUCAAUGACGCAAUCAUCACCGAAGCCGAUGGCUGGAAAGCAGCAUCAGUCUUACUACCCCCAGGGCAAUGCUUCGAUGAUCCCUGGACGCUGGUGUGUGCGGGAUUCUUAGGCGUCUUGUGGCGGCUUGGAUUUUCAGGCCUCAAGGUAUGA